CUCCUCGGUGCAGCGCGCGCCUCAGACGCAGAGAGCAAACACCGCGAAAUGCCCGUCGAUGUGAGCCAGUGGUCCGGGGCUCUGGCCCUGCAGGAGGUGGAGGAGAAGCCCGCGGGGCCCCUGGUGGUGAAGUACGGCUCUCUGGAGAUCGACGAGCUCGGGAAAGUCUUCACUCCCACGCAGGUGCAGAACCGACCCACCAGCGUGGAGUGGGACGGAUGUGACCCGAGUAAACUGUACACUUUGGCUCUGACUGACCCGGAUGCUCCCAGCAGGAAAGACCCCAAAUUUAGGGAGUGGCACCACUUUCUGGUGGUCAACAUGAAGGGGAAUGACGUGUCCUCCGGUUGCGUCCUGUCAGACUACGUCGGAUCUGGACCUCCUAAAGGCACAGGUCUGCACAGGUAUGUGUGGCUGGUGUACGAGCAGCCCGGCAGCCUGUCUUGCUCCGAGAAGGUCCUCACGAACCGCUCCGGAGACGGCCGAGGAAAGUUCAAGAUCCAGGCCUUCAGGCAGAAGUACAACCUGGGAGCUCCUGUGGCGGGAACCUGCUACCAGGCCGAGUGGGACGACUACGUCCCCAAACUGUACGAGCAGCUGGCUGGAAAAUAAAAAUACGAGCGUUUUUUUCCUGCAGACGGACGAAUAAAAAACCUUCAUUAGCAUUAAAAUUAAAUCAACAAAAUCACCUGCAAUAAAUCCCCCCAAAAAUGAUUUUUUUUUUUUGUAUUUUGACUCUUUAAAAACUUGAUUGAUGAUUGCACAUAAGUGGAAAUGUACCUACUGGGAAACAAAUAAAGGACUAAUGUGUCCCACAGGAGACCUGGAUGGCAAAAAAACUGAUUAUUUUUGCAAUUCUUCUGUCUUUGUCUAAAUAAAACUCUCCAACAUUUGCA